CACCGAUUUCGGAUUUAUCCAACUUAUUAGUCGUGAUGGAGGAUUGCUACAUACUACCAUGUUCCCCACAGCUCCUGUGCGAGGACCGCUUCUCUCUUCUCGAUUCAUAUGAGCUGCAGGUGCCAUUCUGGGAGUUGUUCAAUGCGCUUAUGGGCGAAGAAGUCAACAGCCCGCGAGAUGUUGUUGAUCUACUUGAAUCCAUAGCAAUUUCACUGAGACAGAAGACCAAUACGGACUAUGGCUUUCUCCGAGAUUUUAUGAAGGGACUGAAGGACGAUUUCUAUACGCGGACAUGGCCUGCGCUUGUUGGACUUGCGCUGGAAAUGCCAUCACUCUUCCCAGAGCACAGUCUAACCAUCCUCUCGCCCAAAAGCCCCCAGCUCAAGCUAUCUAGGCAGCAAACAGCUUGUCUUGUUGUCCACCAAUUUCUUUGCACUUUGACUGCCCCGACGUGGCAAGAUGGGUAUCAAGACUUCCAUAUCUGGUAUAACUCAGAGCAACCACACGCCGGCGCCGUCGAUGCAUAUCUCACAGCUCUGUUCACAUAUUUUGACCGGAUAACCGACACGGAUGACUACUCGCCUCUCGCAGCUGACCUAGGUUCCUGGCCAAUAUCGUACACCCUCCACACGAACCGGGAUCCCCUACCCACCUUGCAACGCAAGCUUUUACCCUUGGAAGUUUUGGAGUUAUCAGCCGCAAGCACAUCUCCGGAGCUCCUCGGGAUUCCAGACGGCGCGUCCGUGAUCUCCGCGAACAAGUUUGUUGGGUUUGGUCGGACAGGCACACAGGAGGAGACGCAUGUAGGCGCAUCACCAGAGUGCUGUCCUGCAGUUCUUGUAACUCCGCCCCUGGCGGAUAACCAGGCCCUCGUAGUCGUGGGCCCUGAGGCAAUGAUUGUCAUUGCAGGUUACGGCCGCGACGCUCGAUGCGCAGAAGUGCUCGUGCCGAGCGGUGGCUCUGCUAUACAUCACGGCAAAUGGGCCAAGCGCACAAUGCUGUUUGUUGAUGCUUUGGAGCUUGACAUGGCGGAUAGGAGUGGGGGUUUACCUGAUGUACUUCCUGGAAAUGUGGAAAGAGAACUCCGCAAGGCCUAUACUGGGUUCCGGGCAAGCUAUAUAACUUGUGAGGGUAACCGGAGAGAGCCAUUCUCGGUGAUAUACACUGGUUUCUGGGGCUGUCGCACAUUUGGUGGUAAUCCGGAUAUCAAAGCCUUGAUACAGUGGUGCGCUGCAUCUCUUGCUGAUAGCUCAAUGAAGUUCAUAUGCUCGACUUCAGAACAGCAUGAAUUUGCAGUUAAUUUACGAAGCUUCAUUGAGUACACUUCUACCAAUGGUAUUAGAACCGACGAACUCCUACAGAUAUUACUAGACCUGACGCCAGGUGGCCUUGAUGGCCUGCAACAUCCAAUGGAGCAUGUCCUCAAAGUUUUAAGGUCUCACGAGUAAUAUACACUAUAGGUACAAUAAUGUCUCUUAUAUCCUACUAUAGUUUCAAAUUUAUAAGCUAUUCAAAUUUAUACAUGGU